UUGCAUAUCAUGUGAACCAUUGAGGAAGAAUGGUGGAAUGGCAUUCAAAACAACAGUUUUAACAUGCAACACUAGUUUUUAUCCAUCUGACUCUGACUGACUUCCGUAGCAAGCACCGUCUGUACCUGGAUGCAAUUUGUUUGGUGAUGUUUUAUAGCACCAGAUCUUGUAUAUUUGGAAGAAGAGCCUGCUAUUUAUUUAUUAACAGUAACCCAUACCCAAGAAAAUCGUCCACUCUGCUGACAGCCAGACCAGGGGGACGUACUGCACAAAGAGCUGGACUUCAGCGUCGGCAACUGCAUCUAAAUCACUCGACAAUGGCUUCAGAAGCAAAGAAAGCAAAAGUCUCCGUGAGGGAAGGCAUCCUGUUUGGAAUGGGGAACCCACUGCUGGAUAUCUCUGCAGCAGCAGACCAAGCCUUUCUAGACAAGUAUGGCUUGAAGGCAAAUGAUGCCAUUUUAGCUGAAGACAAGCACAAACCCAUGUAUCAAGAUAUGGUGGAUAACCUCAAAGUGGAAUACAUCGCUGGUGGAGCCACACAAAACUCUAUUCGUGUUGCACAGUGGCUGUUGCAAGUUCCCCAUGCUACCACAUUUUUUGGUAGUAUUGGGAAGGACAAGUUCGGUGAGGUCCUGAAGAAUGCAGGGGAGCAUGAUGGGGUACUCGUCAACUACCAUUAUGAUGAUGCGGAGCCCACCGGUACAUGCGCUGUUGUCAUCACUGACAACAACAGGUCGCUCUGUGCUAACUUAGCAGCAGCCAACUGUUACAAGAAAGAGCACUUGGACAAGAACAUGGCUUUGGUCAAGAAAGCAGAUGUUUGCUACAUCGGGGGGUUUUUUCUGACAGUGUCCCCUGAGUCCAUCCUGGCUGUGGCGCAGUCCUGUGCGGAGGACAACAGGACGUUUGCUCUGAACCUGUCGGCACCGUUCCUCUGUCAGUUCUUCAAGGAACCCAUGAUGAAGGCCAUGCCUUACGUCGACAUUCUCUUUGGCAAUGAGACGGAGGCAAAGACUUUUGCAACAGAGCAGAACUUUGGGACGGAAGACUUGGUAGAAAUUGGAAAGAAGAUAGCUGACCUGGAGAAGGUGAAUAAGGACCGUAAACGGAUGGUAGUGAUCACCCAGGGAACUGAAGAGACCAUCAUUGUACAAGAUGGAAAAGUUGAGCACUUCCCUGUGGUGAAGCUGGACCCCUCUAAGAUCCUGGACACCAACGCAGCCGGCGAUGCCUUUGUUGGCGGCUUCCUGUCUCAGCUGGUGCAAGGACAACCCCUGAAAGACUGUGUCCGCUGUGGAAACUACGCCGCUAGUACCAUCAUUCAGUACUCCGGAUGCACCUAUCCACCUAAGCCAGAUUUCCAGUAAAACAGCACAGUACAUUAACAAAAAAAUGAUGUCUUCUAGAAGAAGCCCUUUAGUUAUACAUGUAAUGGCUGUUUGAAAUAUCAUCAACAUCGAAUAAACUAGAGGUCAAAGAUCUCAUACCUUCA